AUGGCACUCAGGAUUAUCAGACUGACGAUGCGACUGCUGAAACCCUACACGUCGUUCCACUUUUGUCCCCACGGCUAUCACGAGGUCAACGGAAACAUCCUCGUGCCCGGACAGAUUCGCGGAAUGGACCACCUUCGGGAUGCUCGACUGAACAAAGGUCUUGCGUUCACGCUCGAAGAGCGCCAGCUGCUGGGAUUACACGGUCUGCUGGCGCCACGUAUCAAAACAAUGGACGAACAGCUGGAAAUAUGUCGUACCGCAUUCGCAAACUAUAACCAUGAUUUGAACAAGUACCUCUAUCUGGUCGAUUUACAGGAUCGACACGAAAAACUGUUUUUCCGACUAAUCUCCGAGAAUGUCGAGCAAAUGAUGCCUAUAGUCUACACACCGACGGUUGGGCUGGCCUGUCAGAAGUUCGGUCUGAUCUAUCGACGACCGCGUGGUUUGUUUGUGACGAUUAACGACCGCGGGCAUGUGUUUCAAGUUCUGCAAAAUUGGCCGGAGUCAGAUGUGCGAGCUAUCGUCGUAACCGAUGGCGAGCGUAUCCUAGGUUUGGGAGACUUGGGAGCUUGCGGUAUGGGAAUUCCCGUCGGAAAGUUGGCAUUAUACACGGCGUUUGCAGCUAUAAAACCUCAUCAAUGCUUGCCAAUUGUGAUCGAUGUGGGUACCAACAAUGAAGCAUUCUUGAAUGAUCCUUUCUACAUAGGGCUGCGACAGCGGCGUGUCCAAGGUUGCGCAUAUGAUCAGUUAAUUGAUGAGUUCAUGGAAGCGGUUGUGCGUCGUUAUGGGCAGAAAACCUUGAUUCAGUUUGAGGAUUUUGCGAACCAGAACGCAUUUCGGUUUUUGGAUAAGUACAGGCAUAGCUAUUGUACGUUCAAUGACGAUAUCCAAGGAACGGCCGCAGUCGUUGUGGCGGGUAUCUACGCCGCUCAGAAGGUUACCGGUAAAAGGGUUUCAGAUAAUAAUUUUUUGUUCUUCGGAGCAGGCGGAGCAGCUGUCGGAAUAUCAGAUUUGCUAGUGAAAGCAAUGCUGAUCGAAGGCUGCACUUCGGACAAGGCGUACGAAAAGAUUUGGAUGUUCGACAAAACUGGUUUAGUGGUGAAAGGAAGGCACCGGGUGGAAUCUAACAAUCAUGAAGUCAAAUACGAGAGGAAUCACUGUGAUAUGGAUAACUUUGCUGAAAUAGUGAAAGAAGUCCAGCCAUCGGUUUUGAUUGGUGCCUCGACUGUGGCUAAUGCUUUCACUCCAGAUAUUCUACGAACAAUGGCAGAAUGCAACGAGCGGCCGGUGAUAUUUGCGCUAUCCAAUCCAACAUCGAUGGCCGAAUGUACGGCACAGCAAGCGUAUGAAUGCACGGAAGGAAGAUGUCUUUUUGCUUCCGGUUCACCGUUUCCGGAGGUUAACUUUAACGGAAAGACCUACAACUCGGGACAGGGAAACAAUGCUUACAUCUUUCCGGGAAUCGCCCUGGGAGUGAUCGUUUCCGGAACGUAUCACAUCUCGGAUAACUUUUUCCUGAUAGCUGCCAAAGCAGUUGCCGACAAGCUGACCGACGAAGAUCUCUUGCGAGGUUCGCUGUAUCCGCCGCUCGCUACCAUUAAAGAUUGCUCGCUGGAGAUCGCCCUCGGGGUGAUGGAAUAUGCUUACGAAAAUGGAAUUGCAUCAACCUAUCCGGAACCGGUAGACAAACUUGCGUUCAUUAAAUCGCGUCAGUAUAAUUUUUUAUACGACAGUGCUUUACCCACGACCUGGCAAUGGCCGCAAAAGGCGCGGAAGCUCUGUCAGCAGUUUGACAAAUACGGGAAGUGA